AUGUUUGGCCUUGUGUGUGGACAGGCAGGGCAAGGCAAGGCUGGUCUGGGGAGUUCCCUCGAUGGAUUCCGAAGUUGUUCUUCUUCGAAGCGUGCUGCCAGCGCUGCCAGCGCUGGAAUUUCCAGCGCCAAAGUUUGCAGUGCUGGAGCUUUCUUUUCUUGGGGAGUUUCGCGAAGGCGCCUUUCGCAUCGGAGACCCCCUCCUUUGGCAGCGACUGUGGCGGAGCUGAAGGUCGAGCUCCAAAACCGACAGCUCCCCAAGACCGGCCGCAAAAAGGACCUGGAAAAACGUUUAGAGCUGGCACAAAGCAUCGAGAAGAUGACAGUGAAACAGCUUAAAACCCAACUUACUGAGCAAGGUUUGCCCACGACAGGCCUGAAAGCUGAGCUGGUGUGGCGUUUGACCAGCUGGAGGCUUCAAAGCAAGCCAAAGCCUUCUCUGACAAAUUCGAUCCGCAGGGACGAGCCGCCCAAGCCCGUGCACAUCGAUCUAGCCAAGCUGUCAAAGCUAGAAACUGCCCCGACCGUCACUGGUCGUGUGCGGGUUGUGAUGGCCUGGGGUGUCUUCGUGGAGACACCAUCGGGCUGGGGCAUGAUACCUGCCGAACAUCUGCCGCCAGACCGCGUGAUGGCGUCACAGGCAGCUCGGCUUCGUGUCCAGCCUGCAGCCUUCCAGGUGGAUGAGAGGGUAGAGGUCGAGCUGCUGAACGCGCACGUGGACUCCGGCUGCUUGCUGCUUUCUAUGAGGGAAGCUCAGCGCGAGCGUGAGCGGUGA